UAAUCACAAGUAUAGAGCUCCACAUUUCCACCACAUCCCCAAUUUCCCGAUCGAGUUUCCAUAACCCUAAGCUCUAGCUCCUCCAUGGCCACCGCUGCAGCUACAUCCUCAUUUAUCGGAACACGGCUGCCGGAAAUUCACUCCGGCGCCGGUAGAGUCCAAGCUCGAUUCGGAUUCGGAAAGAAAAAAGCCGCACCGAAAAAGGCUGCGAAAAAGCAAAUCCCGGAUAGACCGUUGUGGUACCCAGGAGCUAAGGCACCGGAGUAUCUAGACGGGAGCCUUGUCGGUGACUACGGAUUCGAUCCGUUCGGUUUGGGGAAGCCAGCUGAGUAUUUGCAAUACGAUUUGGAUUCGUUGGAUCAGAAUUUGGCGAAGAAUUUGGCGGGUGACAUUAUUGGAACGAGGACUGAAGUUGCUGAUGUGAAAUCGACUCCGUUUCAGCCUUACAGUGAGGUGUUUGGGCUACAGAGGUUCAGAGAAUGUGAAUUGAUCCAUGGUAGAUGGGCUAUGUUGGCUACUCUUGGUGCAGUCACUGUUGAGUGGCUCACUGGUAUUACAUGGCAAGACGCUGGAAAGGUUGAGUUGAUUGAGGGAUCAUCCUACUUAGGGCAACCACUCCCAUUCUCCAUUACAACAUUGAUCUGGAUUGAGGUUCUUGUCAUUGGAUACAUCGAAUUCCAAAGGAACGCCGAGCUUGACCCAGAAAAAAGGCUUUACCCUGGUGGAUCAUUCUUCGACCCAUUGGGCCUUGCUGCUGACCCGGAGAAAAAGGCCACCCUUCAACUCGCUGAGAUCAAGCAUGCUCGCCUCGCUAUGGUUGCCUUCUUGGGCUUUGCUGUCCAAGCUGCUGCUACUGGAAAAGGCCCACUUAACAACUGGGCUACCCACUUGAGUGACCCGCUUCACACUACCAUUUUCGACACCUUCGGCUUCUUCUCUUAAAGUUGAGGACGGUUUUUACGUAUAUUAAUUAUUAUAUUCGUCUUCAUCUUGUAAAAAUUGUAACUUUUGACACUUCAAGGAGAAGCCUAUAUCAGACUUAUGGUUUAAUCUAAGUUUGAUUUUAUCAUUCAGUA